CUGGGGCUGGACAUCUAAGUCUCCUUAGUCCUACAGGAAGGCGACCAGAGGCAGCCUCGGGCGAGAGCCUAGCAUCCGCAGCCGCCAGUAGGCCCCGCCCAGCAGCAGCGGAGCAGGGCCGCGCCCGGGACCGCUGCAGAGCGGGGUAAACAAGACCCUAGCCCACAAACUCCGUUAAACUGAGAGGUCUGGCCUGCAAUACUCAGCGACCUGGGGCUUCUGAUCCGCCUUUUCCAGGUGCGCAACCGUCUCCGCCUUCGCAGCGGGAUCUUCCUAGUUCCUGGGUUCAGUGAAGACAGCAGCCAUGCCGGUAUCAGUAACCCGCACAACCAUCACGACUACUACAACGUCCUCCUCUACCGUUGUGGGGUCCCCUCGGGCACUGACCCAGCCCCUGGGCCUCCUUCGGCUCCUGCAGCUAAUAUCCACCUGUGUGGCUUUCUCGUUGGUGGCCAGUGUGGCUGCUUGGACUGGGCCCAUGGGUAACUGGGCCAUGUUCACCUGGUGUUUCUGCUUUGCCGUGACCCUCGUCAUCCUGAUUGUGGAAUUAGGUGGCCUCCAGGCCCGUUUCCCCCUGUCAUGGCGCAAUUUCCCCAUCACGUACGCGUGCUACGCGGCUCUCUUCUGCCUGUCGUCUUCCAUCAUCUAUCCUACCACCUACGUGCAGUUCAUGGCUCACGGACGUACCCGGGACCACGCCAUCGCUGCCACCACUUUCUCCUGUGUCGCCUGUUUGGCCUAUGCCACCGAAGUGGCCUGGACUCGCGCAAGGCCUGGUGAGAUCACCGGCUACAUGGCUACCGUGCCGGGGCUGCUCAAAGUUUUUGAGACCUUUGUAGCCUGUAUCAUCUUUGCCUUCAUCAGCGAACCAUUCCUGUACCAGCAAAAGCCGGCCCUGGAGUGGUGUGUGGCAGUCUACGCCAUCUGCUUCAUACUAGCUGCGGUGACCAUCCUGCUCAACCUGGGAGACUGCACCAACAUGUUACCCAUCCCUUUCCCUACCUUCCUGUCAGGCCUGGCCUUACUCUCUGUCCUCUUGUACGCCACUGCCAUUGUCCUCUGGCCCCUCUACCAAUUCGACCAGAGGUAUCAUGGCUACCCCCGCCGUGGGUCAGAUGCAAGCUGCGCUUACACACACCCCCAUUCGGUGUGUUUCUGGGACCGCCGACUGGCGGUGGCCAUCCUGACAGGUAUUAACCUGCUGGCAUAUGUGUCUGACCUGGUGUACUCCACCCGCCUGGUGUUUGUCAAGGUCUAAGGCUAACGGGGGCUCCCUUCCCCGCCCCCCAUCCCUUCUCGCAGCCGCUUCAUCUUAUUACCCAAAUUUUUUUGGUACUGUCCUGUUUCCUCCUCCAUCCCUCCCUCCCUCCCCGCCCCAUUUCCCUUUCCUCUUUAUUCUUCCUGACUCAUUGUUCUCUUUCCUUGUUUCUUUUCCUUCCCUUUCCUCUUCCCCUGCCCCUGUCCUCUUUUGCCCCUGAGCUGUCUCCGACAGCUCUCUGCUUUGCCUCUUUCAUGUUCUCUUAUUCUCUGUAUUGGUUUGUCACCUGCCUGUUUGCCUGGGAGCCCUUGGUAUUCUUGCAUCUUCUCCCUCACCCUUCAAAGGUGCUGGCCCCACACAUCCUACAAUCCUUUGCAAUUCUUUACCCCAGGGGCCUCUUUAGGGGCCUCAUUGCCAAAGCAUGCCUGCUUGCCUGCCUGCCUGCCUGCCUGCCUUAGCUGUGCCUUAGUAUGUGUGUGUGUGUUGAAGGGGUUGGGGAGUAAGGCUGUCAAUAAUUCCCGGUAGCCAGCAGAGAGUUUCUGUCUCUAUCACUCAGCUUUGCCUAAAAUUGGCUCUAGAAUUUGUUUUUUUUUUUUUUUUUUUUUUUAAAGCAGGCUCCCUAGAUGCUAUCCUAGAUGAAGGAAAGGAUGAAUGAUGGUUUUUGCUAAAUUCUCUUGUGUUCUCCAAAACAAAACAAACAAAAACAUAAAAAGACCCACAUGGUCUUAAAGACAAGUGUGGUGAAGUAUUUCUGAGGGACAGUAAUGGUGGCCCUGCUAUCUUAGUGUUAAAAAUAACCUGGCCUGCUUUAGUAUGGACAAGAAAAAGUGGCCACUGCUGACCUUAAAGGCAUUAUUAGCCUCUUUUAUUUUCUCCUGAACAUGAAUGCAAAAACAAAAGGAAUAAGAAGUUGUUUGGUUUUUUUUUUUUUGUUUGUUUGUUUUCAAAGCUUUUGAAAUAGUCUCAUAUAGCCCAAGCUAACCUAACCGUUAGCCGGUGCUGACCUUGAACCCUUGCUCUUCGUUCUCCAACUCUCAGGUGCUGAGGUUUUGCAGGUGUGCUAUCACACACCAGCUGUGUAGCUUCAUUCAGGAGGGAAGUUUAACUUCGGGGGAGGGACUCCUUCAAGGUUGGAGUGGCUUGGAGUGUGCUGCUCCCGCACACAUCCAGGUCUGCGUGUUAGUUGCUUCGUGCUGCUGCUUCUUGCUUCUCUGGAACUCACAUGCAUUACUUGGUAUAUAUAUAUAUAUAUAUUAUAUAAAUGUAUAAAUAUAUAUUUUAUUAUUAUUUUUUUUAGUUUUCUGGAGCUUUAGGCUCCUCUAGCUCCUACUGUCAGUCAUCCCUUCCCACCCCCCUCCACAUCCAUAAUGUUCUUUUUUAAAACUCUCAAUAUAAAAGAUAACAGGAA